UGGUUGCCGAUAUACGGUUCCAGUUCGCGCGAGCAGUUUGUAACUAACUACCUGUUCGAGAAGUUGAUUCCCAUUUUGAGAUGGUUUCACCAUUUUUUAAUUUAUUCAUUUUUAAUCCGUCAAAUCGAGAUUUUCAGUGAUUCAUGUAUUAGUCAAGAAACUUGUGAAAAAAAAAAAGAAAAAAGAUGAACGGCAUUAAGAAGAAAAAGAAGAAGUCCAAGAAGCCAAAGAAAGUGCUGCUCUCCAUCGUCGAUCCCUGGGAUGUCAAAGUAGCUAGUGUCGAUCCGAUUCGAUUGGCGACGCGACGCGGAAUUUCCCUAUCGGAAAUACCCACUUCUCCUGAGAACGGAAGCCAAAAUUGGCCCCUGUCCAAAAAUCCAAUCAAGAUACCAUCACCUUGGUACAAACCUGGAACAAGUUCAUCAAGUUUUCCCUAUCCCGAAGCUAGAAGACAAUUCGAAUCACAUUCAACAUGCAAUCUGCAAACCCUUCAAAGAUCUCCAACAUGUGGCAUAAAGCCAGAAUCUACUUCUUCGAAUGAACCUAUUGAACAGGCCAGAUCAAAGGAUAGAAAACAGGGAAAGGCUGAAAGUGAUUUUCCCGGAGGCUUAAAAAAUAAUACCAAUGUUGAUAACUCAUUCAAUGAUACAGCACGAGUACGCUUUGCGAAUGAAAAAGAAACAGAUCCCGACAUUAAAUUUAACGGAAGUUCACCUUGUUCACGUGAAAAUAUUUCCGUAGGUGAUCAAAAAAAUUUUGCUUUUUUUGAACAUCAUUUUCCGAGUAAUAUAACAAUUACGGUAAAUGAAUAUCCCAGUGACAAUACUUCUGAGAACAAUGUCGGUUUAAAGCCAGAAGUUAAUAAAGAUCCUCUGGAAUCUAUUGUCCAGGAACUGGUACAAUCCAGGUAUAGUCCUUUAACUUCCGGUCGAAGGCAAAAUAGAAGAUCUCCAUCGCCUCAGACCCGUUGCAAAAUUGAGGAACAUACAGUUGAGGAACCUCUCUUGUCGCCGUUCAAUGAAAUUGACGUAAUUAUACCCAAAACAAAGACCCAAAAUAACGAAAACUCGUCGAACACGCCACCUGCAACCGAGAUUGUAGGUCUCGGAGCAAAAAUUCGAAAAACAAGCAUAUCUAUGCCGAGCAAGCUCGAUGAUAUGGACGGUCUCCGAAUUGAUGAGCAAAAGGGAGUAACUUCAAAAUUUUCGAGACCUGAUAGUGAUAGCAGUACAACAUUCAGCAAUAGUGGAUCCACUCCAAAUGGAAGUGAAUUGUGCUCUGAAACGGAAGAUGAAGAAAAUGAUGAUGAAUUUUCCAAAAUUCCGUUGCAAACACCCCCAAGACGAAAAACUGCAUCGCCAACAUCAAACCGGAAAUUGGGGAACGAAAGUUUGGAACUUCCAGGCGUACAGAGUCCCCAUUCAACAAUAACUAGUGUGAAUAGUAUCCAAAGUCUUUUAAAGGAAAAGUUCCAGUUAUCGUUGCCUCAGGCUCUUCGGAGCAACAAAAAAAGACAGAAUGCUGACUACAGACUUCGAGCAUUUGUUGGAAUGCUCUUUCUGUGUAUCGUCUUCCUUGUUGGAUUUGCACAUGUUUACUAUAACACACACGUCUUACAACGUGCAUACUUCGAUAGGUUUAGGUUUAACAAAAAUGAAAGAGUGAUGCACAUUUACAACCGUGUUGGUGCAGAGAUCAUAGCAGCUCGUCUAGGGCUUGAAAUUUCGCCCGAAAGCGGAGUAUUCCCCUGUCUUCCGCACCACCAACGAGCAGAUUCAGUGUGUCUUGAAUGGUUACAACAAACUCGCCUCUACCUAGCCCACACCAGACAUGAAUCCAUGGACUGCUACCAUUUCACUUGGCAAAGUUUGAACCCCUCCUUCGACCCUAAAGACUGUUUCGAUUGGUCCCAUAAACGUGGUCACUGGUAUGGAGGAGGGCAGAUUCAAAACAUGGCCUACCCUCUCGAGCGAGGGAAGUUAGAUCUGAGUCCGUUCAUAACCGGUGACACUCAAAAGUACCCCUUUGGAAACGUCUUGAAAAGAUACUUCCUCAAUUCUAAAGGAGCUACAAUUCUCGUCGAUUCUGAAACACCCCUCUACGUAUCGAUCAACGCGAACAGAAGCAAGGAAUUUUGCCUUCAGGCCAAACAUGACAACUUUGCAUACAUUAACCACCUCACCCCUUUUCCUCACCUAAACUAUUCGAUCUGUGCCACCGAUAAUAUGAAAAAUCUUCAUUAUAGAAUGGCUGAAAAGAGUCUUUGGGAUGGCCUUAAGCCAGAUGAACUUCAUGCAGUUCAUACUCUUCUUACUGAACCAGUUUGGCAGAUAUCUCCUACGAAUGAAGCUGCCAUUUACAACUACACAGAGGACGUUAUUGCCUUGGGAUUUCUCAGACAGGGACAUGUUCUUCUCAGCGACGAAUGGCAACCGAAUCCGGGAGAUUUCGUUCUGGAUGAGAAGCGAUUCCCCUCGAUGGAAGAGACCAUCAAUAUCAUUCACCGAAGAGGUUUCCGGAUCGUGUUUAGUAUUCAGCCCUUCAUAUCCACCGAGUCUCAGAACUUCCAAGACGCAGUAACUAAUAGGCUCCUAAUAUCUGAAAGGGGUAGUGACCCUAGAAUUCCAGCACUAACAAGGUAUAAAAAUAUCAGCAGUGCUGGUGUCCUAGAUAUCACGAACAGAAAAACACUUCCCUGGUUAGUAAGCAAACUUGAAAAUCUGAUAACGAAAUAUCACGUGGACUCGUUUUAUCUGGACUUAGGAACUGCUCAUGAUAUGCCUCAUUAUUACAAAUGCGAACAUCCUCUGACUAAUCCGGACCAUUACAAGACGAUGUUCACCCAGGCGAUUUUGAAUUCGGUACCAGUGAUAGGAGUCUCUGGUGCUAUUUCGAGACCGAGAGCUCCAGUAUUUGUAUCCUUACCGCCGUUUCCUUCUUCAUGGAAGGCAAUUAAGACAGUUAUUCCUACUAUUUUAACUUAUGGGAUGAUUGGGUAUCCUUUCAUCAUGCCUGGAGCUGUUGGAGGAGAUAUUGCUCUUCCGAUGGCGGAUAAUAAUCCUGACAAUGAUUUUGAAGUCAGCCUUCCAGACAAGGAACUUUAUGUUAGAUGGCUUCAGUUAUCAACCUUCUUACCUGUGAUAAGGUUUACGCAUCUACCAAGCAAGUAUGCUGAUACCGAGCUUCUAGGCAUGGCCAAAACAUUGACGACUCUUAGGCAAAAGACCGUUACACCACUCUUGAAGAAAUAUGCGAAUAAUACUUUGGAUACGGGUCUUCCGAUUAUUAGGCCACUCUGGAUGUUGGAUCCAACUGAUCCGGCUUGUCACGUUGUGGUGGACGAAUUUUCUGUUGGAGAGGAAUUGAUAGUAGCACCGAUUUUAUACUCAGGAAGCAGGCAAAGGGAAGUUUAUCUGCCAGGAGGAGUUUGGCGAGAUGGAAUUGAUGGAAGCCUCAGAAAGGGCUCGAGAUGGAUUCACAAUUACAAAGUAAAAGACAUACAAAUUGCCUAUUUUGUUAAGAUGCCCGACAAUACGAGAUUUUAAUUUUAGGAUCAGUGCUAUCAUUUCAUCAACCUUACUUUGAUAUGACACGAUUUAGGGUGUUAUGGACAUGAGAUUGAAUUAUACGAGGCACUUGUUUCUCAAUAUUAAGUGCAGUGAGAUCCUUAGUGUGAUAUUUUCAUUAGUGCAUUUACUUAUCACUUUUAUAAA